AUGCAACCGGAUGCAAAACUUGUCGCCGAGGAAGAAAAGCCCUCUCAUCUCCUUGACCUCCUGCGUAGAAAACUCCUAGGCAAACAAAGAACUGCCCAAACUGGAAAUGAUGGUUCGUUCUUAUAUGGAAAUGUCAAAGCGCUUAUGGCAACAGGGAUCCGAUUUAGGCGUAGCAGGACAGGUGAAUUGAGAGAUGUUUCUUUCACCUCUCACGGUAUGAUUGGCUAUUUGAACCUCCCUCUAUUAGCCAUUGACCGCUCUAGUGUCCCACGGCUGUGGAAUUUGAUGGCCUAUGAAAUGUGUCCGAAUAUGACCACUGAUUCUGGCGUCACUUCUAACGUAUCCUUCCUUGAUUCACUCCUUGAUAAUUCUGAGGACGUCAAGGAGCUGGAGUCCACCCGAGUGCUCCAAAACUUUUUCGGCGGCAAUGAAGAAGUGGCUCAAUUCUUCAACUCCAUAUCUGUCAACUUGGCGGUACGAGACUUCAGUGCUUACUAUUAUGCUACGGCAGACAUUAGAGCGCAUGUUCGAAGACACAACAGCAACAGAACGUACAUUUGGAUGAUUCAACUCCUGGACACCUAUUUCACUAGCCCCUGGACUAUCAUAGCUCUGGUUGCUGCAAGUACUAUUCCUUACUGA